CAAGGAAUCGCGGGAUUGCCAUACCAGCAGACCUUGAGAGCCAGAUCCAAGCGUUGUUCACUCGGUCUCAGUUGGUGAUGAAACAUACUCGGCACUGGCUCAGCCACGGAAAGGGUCGAAGGGACUCAAUUAUGAACCUCUCUAGAGACUAUAGGAGCAUUAUUGAGGGGUUGCAGGUGAGGGUUCUUUACUUGUGUUAUUUACCAACACCGAAGCGAAAAAGAGCCACGGAGAUAACUGCGCACGAACGUCAUCUGAUAACCUAAUAGUUCCUUAUCACAGCGUUAUUUGUAAACCUGUCACUCCCGAGAACUAAAGAUCAAUUCUUCACACUGUCUGCCUUAUAUUUCUUGUGAUUUUAGCUCUGAAAAUUUGGUAUUAAAUCAAAUAAUAUUUGGUAGUUGAUGAAUUUUUUUUUCUUGCCACCACCAUCAGCCCAACAACAAUCAAUUGACAACAAGUUAAGGUUAAUGGUGGGUUAGGGGAGGGGUAGUUAGGCAGUUGCCCAGAUACUGAUAUUGAUCCGGUCAUCCUUGGGGGUGAAAAUGUUUAAAAGAUAUCGAACAAUGUCAUCAUUUUAAUAGGGGUUUGAAAUAUGCAGGCAAAGCCUAUUGUUGCUUUCUCAUGUCAGUGUUUUCAUAUAUGUUCUCAUACGUUGCCUCUAUCCAUCAUUGGUGAAUUGAUUGAGAGAAAGAAGGAAUUGGUCGUUGUUGCUUUUAAAUUUGGAAUUUUUGUUUAUCCAAAUCACAGGAUAUUGUUUCACUGCUUGAGGACCAACUUCGUCCUCUCGUUCAAUCAGAGUUAUCCGUGCUGGGUGAUGUACUGUAUCGGCCAGAAUUGAUGUUUCCUCAGCAGUCUGAAGCUUGGCACAAGUCCAAGUCAGGAGGGUUCGUCUCCAGGUAUGAUGGAAAAGUUUUACUGGUUAAAGAAGUUAAAAAUAGCUUGGUGAGGGAGAUGGAGAUAAGCCUGGUUUCAUCUCGUCUAGCGAAGAGUUCGACAACAAUAUUUGUGUUUGUUCUGUAUUAUUGACACGGCUUAGGUGCAAGGGAUAGAAUACACUAUUUCGUCUGGCCAUUAUUUGUAAAAGUUGUAGCCAUAAAAGGUCUCAGUCUCUUUUUUCCUUUCCCUAAACUUGGUUUGGCUGAAAAUAUAAUAGACUAGUCUACUAUUAUUUAUUGUUUCACCCAGGUUGAUAACUCACGCUAAACAGCUUCUUGAGGACAACGAGGAAGCAUUAUGCGUCCGAGUGCUACAGACGAUCAAGGGAAUGAUGGCACGUGACAUCGACUUUGGAGAAAAGGUAAUGGCAAGGGAUGAUUAAAACAUGUUGUACAUGUUUUAUGUCAGGAUCAUCCCUUAGCUAUUUCAGCAGACUUUUUAAUUCCUAUUGUUUUACUGCUUUUAAUCCAGGGUGAUGGAUUGCGUUCAUCGCUGUUAGGCCGCUACUUUGGCACAAAUUAUCACUUCAGGAUUGGCCGUGACGCUAACAGCAAGAGCGUGAUUGACAGCAACAGCAAGAAGACCGCUAGUCAGAUGGUCAACUCGGGGCCUGGGGCCGAGAUGUUGUCACGCGCGGGCGUCACGUUGUGUGAGAUGCAAGGACGACUCGACAAGUGCGGUGCAUCUGAUCUGAUUAUUGAUCUUAUAAUGGUGCAGCCCAACCUCAGAGUGUUUCUAGAGAUACUCGAACUAGCGAUUGCCCUACUUGAAGGAGGAAACAAUUCUAUUCAGGUUGGUAAUUAUCUCGACUCCCAAGAAUUUCUAUGAUUUUGGACACGAGAAAGGAGACGUGUGCGACCACGUUACAACGCGCCUGCUGCCCACGCGCGGGCUGUCCGUGCGUGGUCCGUAUCAUUCUCGACUUGCAUCUUUCUUUUCUCGCGUGUGCUCCAGGAACCAGCGCUUUUUAUUACGUCUAAUCAUUUUUCGUAUAUUUCCUUAUUUUUCUCUUUCGAAGAAAUCAUUACUCCAUCGGUUUACAAACGGUAAAUGUGAAGAAUUCUUCCGCUACAUCUACGAUAAAAUGAGAGACGCGGAGGCCGAAAUCCGGGCGACAAUCACAGUUCAAACAACAGAGUCAUCUGUAGCAAAGAAGAGCGAUAAAGAUGUGUCCCAUGCGAAGACCGCCGAUGGACGGAGAGGUACUGUGUUCGGUGGACGAAGAGACACCCUAAUUGCAGGUCAGCGUCAGAACAGAAAAUUAUAACCUCAUCAAGUCCUUGCUAACAAAAUUAAAUUAAAAAUUAAUUUUUUCUCGCGGUUAAUUUUUUAUUGAAUCAUCAGAUUAAAAUGGUCAAUUUCGUUGCUAUUUGCUCCUUGAAAAGGAUGAAUAGUAUUAUUUGUCGGCUCGGUCAUUGUUUCUACAUACAAUGAUUAAAAGUGUAAAUUAUGGCAGUGUUUCGACUGGUAUUUCUCUGUUUGCAGGCUCUAUGAUGGGUAUCAGCGAAGACGUGAAGGAGCAAUUAUCAGAUGCAGCUAUGCACACGGGAAAGGCCUACGCGGCCGUAAGAAGGGGCCGAGACCCGGAUGCUGAAGUGGAGGCUUCGAGGCCCAUGCCUAAUAGUUCACUUUUUGGGACCGAUCUUCAAAGCGCCUCAGGCAAGCAUGAAGUCAAGACCAUGUCCCCUGAGGUGCUUGUCAUGAAGCCCAUCCUCAGGUUCCUACAGCUCCUUUGUGAGAACCACAACAGGGACCUUCAGGUUAGUGAGCCUUCUGGGUCCUUUGUAUCAUUUGAUCAGCAAAUAUUUGAAUAUCAGAAAAUGAAAACUUGAACAAAUAUCACUUUUUCCUUCUCUUCUUCCACCAGAAUUACAUCCGUAAACAAGAUCACAGUAAGACCAACUACAACUUGGUACACGAGACUCUUCAAUUUCUAGACUGUAUCUGCGGCAGCACGUCAGGGGGACUGGGCCUGCUCGGUCUAUACAUCAACGAAAGUAACGUGGGACUAAUUAACCAAUGCCUGGAGAGUUUAACAGAGUACUGUCAGGGACCGUGUCAUGAAAAUCAGGUGCGUGACAUCUUGUGUAACUUGUUGUCACGCAAUAGGUCGUCACUCUCGGGUCAAGUAGUUUGUGGGUCGUAAAAAUUGUCAUGGGAGACAUACUUUAUGCAUUACUCCCUUUUAAAGAAGGAGCCACAUUCUGAAACGCCUCUUUCUGGAUUUACGGUUUUGGAAACACACCAUGUUCUGUCUUGUAUGUUGUUCUGUUUUAGUCUUGAAGUGUUGUUUCUUUGUAAUAUUAGCAAAGAAUGGUUUUAUGCAUAGUUGGUAUUAUUUUUCUUCCUAUCUUUUUUCCAGACCGCCAUCGCCCUCCACGAAUCAAAUGGUAUUGAUAUUGUCAUAGCUUUAGUACUGAACGACAUCAACCCGCUAGGAAGACAACGGAUGGACUUGGUGCUGGAACUUAAGGUUUGUGCAAAUUUCGCCAACUGGCGCUUGAACCCGCUAUUGAAUGAUGUCAGAUGACAAUUGUCCGUCGUAAAGGGCAAGUCUCAGAUCAUCGCUUCCACUUAAACCAAAGACGUCUCCUAGCUGGAUCAUGUCUUUAAAAAAAUUUCCGUCGGACUUUUGACGGUUCCCUAUGAUUUCGUAAGAUCUUGCCCGAGUUCGGACGUUUCCGUGGUUUCCGGUUUUGGUGGAUUCAAAACAAUACCUUGGAACUUACUGAAUCGAACUUCGAGUCAUGUUUGGCGGAUUUUUUUCGUUCAGCCUAAGAGCAUAAUAAAUUUUUCCCUUUGCGUUUGGACUAAAGAUGAUUAAACUUUAUUAAUCAAUGCAUAUUUCUUGUAGAAUAACGCAUCAAAAACCCUUCUGGCCGUUAUGGAAAGCCGUCUCGAUACAGAAAAUGCCGAGAGGAUUCUGUACAACAUGACACCUCAACAACUGGUAAAGUCUUGUCACGAACAUUAUUGUUUCUUACUCAAAUAGAGCAGUUUUCAUUCAUCAAAAGUGAUCUGGAUUGCUUUGCUUAACUUUGCUCUGCGAUUGUUCUAGAAAACCCGCGCCACCAUUACAACCAAUCAAAUGCAAAACUACAACCAAUCCCAACUUGGUAACCCGCGUUUUCCCGCGCUUCGAGCAGGUUGCAUGUUUUUAGUUUGAGUUCUCAUUGGUUAAUAAUGACGUAGUCAUUAAUGAUGACGUAGUCGUUAAAGAUGACGUAGUCGUUAAUGAUGACUUAGUCAUCGUUAACCAAUGAACAUUAUGACGAUUGGAUAGGUGAUUACUUUGGUUUUGGCUCAGUUAAAAACUGCUCUAGAGCUGAGUAUCUGAACAACUGAUGUACAAAGUCUAGAGCCACGGAGAGGGGAAUGUCUCCUUGUAAUGUAGAAGGGAAGUCCAAGCAAAGCCUAUAAGGCUCAACCUCGUUCGCAGGGUCUCUCUUCUUCACUUCCUUUAGGGCGUGAGGAAGAGAGAGAAAAACCAAGGUCUCUCUCUCCCCUCAAAGGAAGAGGAGAGACCCUGGGAACGAGGUUGCAUAAGGCUUUGUAAUGCUCGCUUUUUCGAAAGGAGGUUGGUGCUUAUCUCGGAUUUAAAGUUAAAUUGGGUUUGGAUUUACUUGCAUCAGUAUGCAUAUUAUCCAUGCUGUUCUCAAUACAUUUAUUAAGGUGCUUUCAACGAAAGCCGGUUUGUUUAACAAUCAAGAACUUCUUUUGUUGGUGAUCAUUUCUUCUGUUCUCAUGACCUUUACGUGCAUGUGAUUUAGGAAAAACAUUGUAAGUAGAAAUUAGAUGUUAGUCAUCCUCAGGGGUCAAAGGGCUGAAAAUCAAAGCAAAACCAAGUGGAUAGAUAACUUUUGGGGACAACUGCGGCCGUUUGUGUGUUUUUACCUUCUCUGUUUGUUUGUAUUUUAAGGUUUUUGUUGUUUCAGUAUCUUGGAUUUUAACAUCUUAGGUGGAUGUUUGUAAACAAGCGUAUAACCAGGAGGACCUUGAAGAUGAGAAUGAAUGUGAAGUUUCUUGUCGCGAUGUCGGACAUAACAUUUUCAUACUCGCUCAUCAGGUACUGAAAUAAGUUCAAAGUAACUGAAUUGCACAAAACUGUUAUGAGAGAAAUCUGAAUGGUGAUUUAUUGUAGUGGAGUCUGGGACUUCAGUCUUGAUAGAAACUGUUAAUUUCAAUUUGUAACGGAAAGUUCUUAAAAUUUAAAACUGGAAAUUGUGUUAGAAAUAAAGCAUGCAGUUCUUAUUCAAACCCCUGAGUGAAGAGAGAUAGUAAGACAGGUGAGCGUCUUGUCCAAGAACUCGACACAGAUGGCUGGGGUAAGGAUUCGUAUUCGUACUCAAAUCCCGUUGCGUUAACCCUUUAACUCUCAGGUCUUUACUCUCUGCUAUACAAUUCUUGUGAUGUUAUCUUGGAGAAUUCACUAUUGGAUCAACCAAUAAUCCCCUUAUUGAUAUUUGUCGUUAUUCUCAUCACUUUUCUGCAUGGUAUUGUUUUGAUAUUAUAAGGAGAAAUUCUGUUUUGGUCACUCAUGGGAUUUGAAGGGUACAGUAAGCAUUGAACCAGUUCUUGGGAUGUUUCUGCUGUAUCUGCUCUAAGUUUAUUAUUUUUUUUAAACAGAACUUCACUCAUACCUUAUCUGAUUUGCAGCUUUCACAUCAGAAUAAAGAUCUGGCGAGUUUACUCAAACCAAGUGCGUCAGCAGAAUCGGAUGAGAUGCACGGUGACAGCGCUCUGGAGUAUUACGCAAAACAUACGGCGCAAAUCGAGGUAAACAACCCUAAAGAAAUACAGCAAGACUGUUUUAUUUUACCUACAAAGAAAUUUUCAGUAAAACGUCAAAAGUGAUCUAGGAAUGCAUUGCUUUUGCUUUAACUUUUUUGAUUGGUCCUCUGAACUCUCACCACUUUCUCAACCAAUCAGACGCAAAACUUAAACCAAUCAUGACUUCGUCGCCCGCCCGAUUUUAGACACUAGUGUCCGAGUUUUUAUUUUGGCCACUUGCGUUAACCUUGUCAUUCUGAACACCAGCGUCCAGUUUAUGAUUUUAGCCGCUAGUGUCCGAUUCGUGAUUUUGGCCAUUAGUGUCUGAUUUUUUAUUUUGGACACUAGUGUCCGAUUUUUUGUUGUGGCCACUGGUGUCCGAUUUUCUGUUUUGGACACUAGUGUCCGAUUAUAGAUUUUAGCCACGUGUCGCUGAUUUUGAUGUUGGCCACUAGUGUCUAAUUUUGACACCAGCAUCCGAUUUUAGAAACCAGUUCCGAUUGUAGGCAGUAGUGUCCUUUGUUUGACACUAGUGUCUGAUUAUUUUUUCUAGUGUCCGAUUUUUGACGUUUUAAUCCGAUUUUAGACAUUACUGUCCGAUUUCAGACACUACUAUCCGAUUCUGUAUUGAUUGAACAAAGCUAGUAUUUGACUGGACAAUGUCCGUUGGCUGGCUGUUAUUUUGAGCCUUUAUGCGGCUGGUGAGGAUUACAAACGGAUUGAAGAUUGCGCGCCAGAUGUUUCUAAAUAAACACUAUGCGUGUUAGCUUAAUUAUUUCUCGUCGCUUUUCAAACUGAUUUCGCCCUGCUUUUGUUUAAGAUUGUUCGUCGCGAUCGUACAAUGGAACAAAUUGUCUUUCCAGUACCAAACAUUUGCGAGUUUCUGACCCCUGAAAGCAAAAUAGACGCGUAUCAGACGUGUGAGAGAGACGAUCAGAACAGCAAGGUUAGUGAUCUGCUUCCAACUUCUCCUCACUUGUCAGAACAUUGUUAGUCAGAUAUUGUUAUGACAUUAGUGAAUAAUUUUGCCUUAACGUCAGUUCCAACACUAAAUUCUCCCAAGGAACCUAAAGAACUGCAUAACGAUACCUGAAGAGAAUAUCACGUUCGAUGUCCCGUCUGACUGAUUAUCCUUUCAUCAUUUUUUUUUUUAAACGACGUUUAACUCUUUGCACUGUAAGAUCAGUAUGCAUAUCCUCUAUGCUGUUUUCCGUACAUCGUCUAAGGUGCAGACCAUUAGCAUCUGUUUGACAAUCAAGAGCUUCCUAAGUUAGUGAUCAUGUCCUUUACUCUCGUGACUUCAGUGUGAUUCAGGGUUGAGGAGGAGAAUUUAGAUGCUAGUCACUCUAAGGGGUCCAAAGUUUAUUAGCUUCAGAAUUAAUGUAAUCUUUUAAAAGUUUCUCCCUUUGUAGUACACGGGUAUUUACAAGUAUUUAAUAUAAUUUUAAAAAUUGGCGAGUUUUUGAACGCUUAAAAAUUUCUAAUUAGCGAUUGAAGUUCUGUUUUGGCCAAAAGAAUUCUCUUCUUAUGACGCAAACGAGAUGUUGAAUAUAAUUUCAAUUUUUUUUCUAUCUGUGCAGAUUUCAGAUUUCUUCGAUAGAACCGAGGAACUUUUUAGGGAGAUGCAAUGGCAGAAGAAACUGCGAGGUAACUAGUUAGAAAUUCUGAUUAUUUUUCAUUCAGGAGUUGAGAAUGUUUUUUUUUUUGGUUGGUAUACACUUUUUUCCUAGCUGCCACAUUUCUGGAUGAAAACCCUGUAAUUGUAAGAUAUGUAAAUUGACGUCCCUCCCUCCUUCCCUCUCGCGUAACGUUAUCUACAUUCUCCAUAGGGGGAGGGAAACGGGUCGUCUUUGUCGCGGCUUCACUGAGUCCGAAAAUGUACAAAUUAGACCUGACGCACUCUUGUGGAAAGAAACUACUAUGAAACUACCUUAAGAUUGCGCGACAAGUUAUGUUAAUUCAACCAACCUAUUGAGACUGGUGGCUUUUUUCUUUGUUACAGAAAGUCGAUUUUUAUUCGGAGUAAGCAGCCGAAUGACUCUGUGGGAACAGAUUUCCAUCAAUUUAGCAAUCCUAAUCAAUUUGCUCGUGGCGUUCUUUUAUCCGUUUUCCGACGGGCCAGGUGGUGAGUGUCAUGCUGUGGUUUUGUUAUCUUUUAUGUUCCCGGACAGAUACUCAGCUUUGUGUUAUUUUAAAAUAUCCUGACAGAAUUUUUGUUCGUUUCGGGGGUGGCUCGUACGCGAGGCGAGUCACGUGAGUGACUGCGCGCGCCUGAAAACGUAAGGAAGUGAAUCUGUAGGGACAGAAAUACCUCUCAUUGCUUUCUUAAGGAACUGUUCAAUGAAAUUAGGGUGAGAGUAUUUUUACUUUUGUUUUCCUUUUUUCCUUCGUUUGUAGAACUUGACGGACGUCUGUCCGUACUGGUGUGGCUGGCCAUGAUUGUCUCUUUUGUUAUAAUUGUUACCUUUCCUCGGCCGUCUGGGAUCAGGACGUUUGUAGGCUCAACGAUACUGAGGCUGAUAUUUUCCGUUGGACUUGAGCCUACUCUUAAAAUACUAGGACUGGCAACCGUAAGUAACAAUGACAAAAGAAAACGACUCAUAAAUAAAACUGGUUUAGUUUUUAGACUUUUCCGUGUACAAAAAUCCAGAUUAAUUUAAAUAUCCUUUUAGAUAGCCUUUAAUUCAACAGGUUUUAGGGGCUUCAAUAAUGUUUACAUAAGCGGCUGCUGAUGGUGUGAAAAAUGUUUGUGCGUAAGGAGAGACGCAUAAAACCUGAGGCCUGCUCUUAGGAGCGUAGCUGUCAAACGUCGGGCAUGCGCGUGGGGAUCUGGCCGGCUACGCGCCAAUUUCCCGCCGAAACGUAGGAAACAACCGCUUUCUCGCAAAAUAAGCAAAAGAAAGCACGCCACCUACCCUCUACAACGUUCACACAUGCGCAGACGUUUGAUCACUGUGUUACUCGCAGGCUAAACAGACGGCGAUGAGAACUGAAAAGGGAUCAGUCGUCCCUAACAUAGCGUGAAGGGGGGGGGGAGGACUAACCCCUCCCCCGCAAUAAAUAAUGACGGGUCUUAAGUAUUGAAAUUUUAGCGUUCCCUUUUGCCCAAAAAACUUACAGCCAUUGUUAUUUUUCAGGUCGUUCUGAAAGCAAUAUUCAUUGUAAGUUAUGUUGGAAAUCGGGGAACUUUUGACCACAAUGUGCGCCGGCUUCUUUCGGACAGGAAUCUCGUUCUUCAUCUGAUGUACUUCACGUUUGGCUUCCUCGGGUUAACACUGCACACGUUCUUCUACAGUAUUUUGGUCAGUGUCGUGAUUAAGUAUCACUUUCUCGUUAUCUUUUGUGAUGAUUUCACCUAGUUAGUUAAGGAGAAUGAAGAAUUUGACCAUCAAUUAAAACUGUUGUUUCCCAGAGUAAACUGGAGCGACCUACUUUGAGAUCAUUUAGGCGCAAUUUCGACAAUAUUCUGGAACUUCCAGCUCCAAUGCGUUACUGUUUUAAUCUUCUUUUCUUUUGUCUGCUGAGUUGAAUAAAAUGUUUUAUUCUUCGUUUAAAUUUUUUUCAAAGUGAUUAUUAUGUAGCAAGAAAAUACAUGAUGCGCCUCGAAUAAGCGAGAAUCUAAAUUAUCCUACAUAAGUUAACCUUACAGUCACACACAGACAAUAUUUUGGGCUGGGAAAUAACCCGUGAGAAUACUUUCGAAGCCUGUAUAUCUCUAGCCUUCAAUGAGGAAAACGCCUUUUCCUCUCCCGAGAAGUGCCCUGAAGAGAGGUUCCACCCCUGUCCCCACACCACCCCGCCCCUAAUCAGCACUUCUUGAAGCUGUGACAACAAUCGUCUGUAACUUAGGUUAUUUUUCUUUUCAGCUCUUGGACGUUAUCUUCCGUGAGGACACGCUGUUAAACGUGAUAAAGAGCGUAACCCGUAAUGGCCGGUCAAUUAUCUUAACUGCUGUCUUGGCUCUCAUACUCGUCUACAUGUUCUCCAUCAUUGGUUUCCUGUUUCUCAAAGACGAUUUCUUAGUAGAGACGGAUCCAACGCCUUCUCUUAAGCUCGGUGAGUGAAUUACCCCUCAUAGUAGCUGUACGCCAUGAAAGUUACUGAAUUUUGUUUUCUACUCAUCUAGCUGCUUCUUUCAACUGUGCGCAUGUCUUCACUUUCUUUUUCUUGUAUUCGACAGCAUCCUCAGCUACCUGCGAUGCUGAUAAGAGCUGCGAAGGUUCCAUUUCACUCUCGGAAACAAGCUCAGAAGGAGAUGACUCAAUAAAGGAACGUGCCUGUGAGACCCUAAUAAUGUGCAUCAUCACUACUCUGAACCAGGGGCUCAGAAAUGGAGGGGGAAUCGGAGACGUCCUCAGACGGCCCUCCAUGAAAGAGAACAUGUUCGUGGGACGUGUUGUAUACGAUUUGCUCUUCUUCUUUGUGGUCAUCAUUAUUGUUCUUAACUUGAUAUUUGGCGUCAUUAUUGAUACGUUUGCUGAUCUGAGGAGCGAGAAGCAGAACAAAGAGGAGGUGCUCAAGAACACGUGUUUUAUUUGCGGUAGGUGAUCAUGAAUUUUUGCGUGUGUUCUUGAGGAAAAAUUUUGAACGAGUGUCGAUUUUAAUCCGAAUAACUUACGCCGCUUUUGCUUCGCUUCUCUCGUUGAUUGGUCCAGAAAAUUCACACCAUCCUCUCAACCAAUCAGAAUCAAGACUGGCGUCAAUCACGACCUGGUCACUCGCAUUUUCCCGCGCUUCAAGUAGCACGCUGAGCAGUUUGUUUACUUGCGGUUUGAGAUCCCAUUGGUUCCCGAUAUUUUUUUUUUCGGUAGUUGUCAUUGAAAAUUGGAAUUCCCUUACCUUACUCUUACAUUGAUUCUUUCCUACAUUGUUACUGUUAGGUCUUGAUCGGUCGGCCUUCGACAACAAAGUGGUAUCAUUUGAUGAACACAUCAACUCAGAACAUAACAUGUGGCAUUACCUGUACUUCAUAGUCUUGCUCAAAGUCAAGGACACGACCGAGUUUACUGGACCCGAGAGUUACGUCAGUCUAAUGGUCAAGGUACAUCAUGAAUAUGGAAAACGCUUCAUGAAGUGAGACAAGGGGAGGGUGGGAGGGGGAGGGUUUCAAUGAAGUUUGAACGAGUCCUUGGGCUUAAAUUGCUCACCGAAGGUGGGAUGACAACCAUUUUUAAGCUACUUGUAGCGACACAUCGUAAGCUAACCUACGCGGCGUUUCGUCCUUGUUUUAGGAACACGAUCUGGAUUGGUUCCCACGCAUGCGUGCUAUGAGCCUGGCCAUUGACGAAGGAGAAAGUGAGCAAAGUGAAAUUAAGAAUCUUCAGGAAAAGCUGGAAAGCACCACAAGACUGGUAUACACUUUGUCGCAACAACUCACAGAUCUAAAGGAGCAGGUAGGGCUUGCAGAUCAGACCCUAUUGCACCUCUCUGUCUCCACCCCAUGCCACCUAAUCUUCUCUCCUGUAACCUUACCUCACUGCUUUUUCUGCUUCCCUUAAACCUUGUCUUACCUCUUCGUCGCCCCCUCCUGAUCUGCCUUCCUUUUUGUCAGACCCCUUAUAUCUGUCUGGCUUCCUUAUCUCCCUUCCUCUUUCCUUGUUCACCUCCUUGUUUGCCUGCCUCCUUCCUGUCCUUGUCUCCUACUUUUCAACCUUACCUGCCUUUUCGUCUUCCUCCCUCCAUUCUGCCCACCUCAUCGUCUCCAACCUCGCUUUUCUUCUUCUUCUUCCCCCCUACCCCCCCCCCCCUCCCCCAUCCAACCCUGCCUUGCCUCCUUCUCACCCCCAUCCAGCCCUAUCUGCCUCCCAGUUGCUUCGCCUUAAUUUAAAAAUUUAAAAUCUACUGCCUUUGCUUUUGGUAUUUUAAACAGAUGACUGAACAUCGCAAGCAGAGACAACGAAUCGGUUUGUUGGGCCCUCACUCUGCAUCUGCACUAAAUAACAGUCUUACGACUAACAACUUCAAGAUAUGAAUGUUUAUUUGGAAACAAGAAAGAAAAGUGAUCGACAGAAAAGAAGAGAGAAAUACCGGACGAUGAAGUGAAAGAGAUUGACAGUUGAACGGAGUUGGGCACUGCAACGAGCGUGGUUGGGUUGAGAACCCAUGCAACAAGGAUACUUUUUGCAACACCUACCUGUUUAUGGCCCAAGACAGAUAAUUCUCUCAUGAUUGAAUGUCUGAAGGAAAAUCUCGCACUUAAGAGACGAAGAAAGUAGCUUACUCAAUCUGACUUAAAAUCAUUAACGUUCUCAAAAAUAUAAAUUUAUAUGAACGUAACUUUUGACGCAAAAAGAAAUUUCAUUUCUUGAAGGUCUAGACAAAAUAUGCUUAGCUUGAUUUUUGGGAACUUGAUUAUUGCGCUUUGUUGAUUGCCCGGCUUAAGUGAGAAAGGUGUAGAGAUCAUCAUCUUUCGCUGACAAAUAAAGCGUAGAAAACUUGGCGAAAAAGUUUUGAAGACAAAGGACAUAGUGCGGUUAUCUGAGACAGUGGUGAUUUGUAGAGUUAAUGGAUCUAUAGUGAUAUGCAGUGAGAUUUCCGGAAAAGAUUACGAUCUUAUUGCCCAUAAUUUAAGAACUAGAUGUCAAGGUUGAAAUUCUUCUAAUGGUCUCGUUACAAGUCUUAUGACUCUGGUCGUGAGAAUUCAUAUGUAGAUAAACAAAUUUUUAUGGAUGACUUGAGUUUCUUUUCUUUUGACAAGUAUCCCACCUUCAAGCUUUCAACCCAGUCCCACGCGCUUACCACCAGGC